AUGUUACCUGAUCGAAUACUGCGAUGUGAUACUCUCGGUGAUAGCUAUACGAAUCAAGGACGAAUCACCGAGACGCAAGCGCUAAACAAACCAUUUUUCGAUACGCUCGGCUAUGUACCACCAGCUCCACCUCAGACUCCAGCAAUGGGAGGCACCGGCAGUGCUGGACCUUCCGCCUCUUCAGGCUCUAACAACGAGCCCGGAUAUUUACCCGACUACCAAGGUGAUAGGUACACGAAUCAAGGACGAAUUGCCGAGACGCAGGCACUAAACAAACCCUUCUUCGACAAUCUCGGCUAUGUACCGCCAGCUCCACCUCAGACUCCAGCAAUGGGAGGUGCACGGUUUUGA